AUGAGUAGUUGUGGAAGAGAUUUUGUGCGGAAAUCACUACCGAAAUCAACCUUCUCGCAGAAAAUUGGAAAUGAAGCGCACAGCAGUUCUAGUUUGCAUGCUGCAGCUGGACCUCGUCUGGCAGAAGAAUGUGCUACAUUAGAUGGUUGCCGAACAGGGAUGGCAAAAGUUACUAAUGCGUAUGACCUUCCUGCAAGUUAUUCUGCUUGUCUUGGGAUUUGUUGCUGGCUAAUUAGAGAUGAUUCCAAUAGUUCCAACAUUCAUGCAGUAUUUUGUUUGAUCAAGAAAAGAAGAGAGGGGGAAGGAAGUGGGGAUACUACUUAG